UGAGAAAAGUUAGCCAAAAACAGUGAUGGCAACAUUACAAAUUGAAAAAUAUCAAUUUGACAAGCUUCAGUGAAGUCGAAAGGCUCUCACUCGUUUGUUGUAUGUUAUAAUAAUUUAACUGGUAAAAUCAGGAUAAGUGAAUAAGCUGACGACUCAGUGAAUCAUUUAAUCAUGGCGGCUCCGUCGUCAACCGGUGUGGUGGUCCCACGAAAUUUUCGACUUCUGGAAGAAUUAGAAGCUGGUCAGAAAGGUGUAUCUGAUGGAACAAUAAGUUGGGGAUUAGAAAACGAUGAUGAUAUGACUCUUACCCAUUGGAUGGGUAUGAUAAUUGGUCCUCCCAGAACACCCUACGAGAAUAGAAUGUACUCGGUCAAAAUAGAGUGUGGCCAAAGAUACCCCGAUGAUGCCCCAACAGCAAAGUUUAUUUCUAGGAUUAAUAUAAAUUGUAUCAAUAGCAACAAUGGAGUGGUUGAUAACAGGCUGGUACCUGUUUUGGCUCGAUGGCAAAGAGACUACACCAUCAAAACAGUGUUGCAAGAAUUGAGAAGAUUAAUGACAUUAAAAGAGAAUAUGAAAUUAACGCAGCCUCCAGAGGGCAGCUGUUUCUAGCCCGUGCGCCAAAUAAACACGUCCCGAAUGCCCUCUGUUGCAACCUGCCCCUUAUGUAUGGAUCCUACCUGCACUACUGAGGCUUGCACCGAGUCGUGCUGUCUUUUAUAAGCAAAAUCAUUAAUUUAUGGUGUCAUUGCAGUUACCUAACAAGGCGCUGUCUUGCAGCAAGGGCCUCAGUAAACGUACAGCUUUGUGGUUGAUAUAUUGCUAAAUAAAUUAUAAUUAGGUCUUACUGAUUAGAUUUGCCAUAAGUUUAUACUGACGAGCAUUUAAAGGGCUGUACUUGUGUUUCUAUUUUAACAAGGUUUUAAUAUGGAUGUGUUGCUGUUAUCAUCAUGCAGGAUUAUUUUAUUAAUGUUAUAAUCUUUUGAUUAUUAUAAUCCUAAUAUAAUAAAUUUAUAAUUCUCUUAACAUUUAUUAUUUUGUACUAUGUAACUGUGCAACAAUUUACUGGUAAUUUUUUAUAUCUAGUAUAGGCAUUAAAAGAAUUGUUAUUUAAUAUAAUUUUCACCUACCUUCACUCAUGUAGAUGUAUUCUUUGUAAUGAAUAAAAACUACUAUUGUAGACAAGCACAUCAUUACAUUUUUAGUCAUU